GAGCCCCAGGCCAUUUCAGAUGACCAUCCUGGAAUGUGCGUGAAUCGGAGGGGGGCAGGAGACGGGAUGCUCAGCCAACUUGAACAUAUUGCUUAGGGUCUGCCUCCAGGACUAUGGAUGAUGCUGAAGUUCUUAAAAAGAGAGGCUACAUCAUGGGGAUCAACCUCGGAGAAGGGUCUUACGCCAAGGUGAAAUCGGCCUACUCGGAUCGGCUGAAGUGCAACGUGGCUGUCAAGAUCAUCGACAAGAGGAAGGCUCCUCGGGACUUCUUGGAGAGGUUCCUCCCCAGAGAGAUAGAGAUGCUGGCCAGGGUGAAGCACCCCGGCAUCAUCAAGACCUAUGAGAUCUUUGAGACCUCCGACGGCAAAGUCUACAUCGUGACGGAACUGGGCGUGCAAGGAGACUUGCUGGAGUUUAUCAAGAAGAGAGGAGCCAUUCCUGAAGACGUAGCCCGCAAGAUGUUCUACCAGCUCGCCAGCGCCAUCAAGUACUGCCACGAGCUGGACAUUGUCCACCGGGACUUGAAAUGCGAGAACCUUCUUCUGGACAAAGAAUUCAACAUCAAACUGACGGACUUUGGCUUUUCCAAGAGAGUCGCCCGCGACGAAGAUGGCAGGGUGGUCCUCAGCAAGACUUUCUGCGGUUCGGCAGCCUACGCGGCCCCGGAAGUGCUGCAAGGCAUCCCUUACCAGCCAAAGGUUUACGACAUAUGGAGCUUGGGGGUGGUCCUGUUCAUCAUGGUGUGUGGCUCGAUGCCUUACGAUGACUCGAACAUUAAGAAAAUGCUCAAGCUACAGAAGGAGCACCGGGUACAUUUCCCCCGGUCCAAAGUGCUAUCGGUCGAAUGCAAAGAUCUCAUUUACCGCAUGCUCCAACCCGACGUCUCCCGCCGACUCUGCAUCGAUGAGGUUUUAAUGCAUGUGUGGAUGCAGGACCAGAGAUCCGCUUCGGACACCACGCUCAUGAAGUCGGGGGAAUGCUCCCACCACCAUAAUCAGAUAAGGGCCAUGUUUGGGAAGGAGUCGUCGGGGCCGGAGCCUUCGGACAACGAGCAAAUUCUCCAGGAAGAAAGGCAUGCAGACUUGGAUGUCCUCUCUGACAAGAUGCAAAGGACUUGUCUUUGAAAAAUCCAGCAGCCCAGCGACAAGCAGAGGUGAAUAGGACAGUGGGUUUCUGUAGCACCGCCAGUUCCAGAGACCUCUUUAAAGACUACGUCCUGAAAACUUUUUUUGGAAAGAGAUAAAAACAAUUUGGGAGGCAUUUUCUUUUCUUUUCUUUUGGUCAACAUCAAGUCCUUUCAGAUUGUUGUUGGCCACAGGAGCCAACAACAUCUGCACCUCUCGACAUUUGCAAGAUGCACAAUGUUGGAUGGAGAGGGAAUAGAUUUUUCUCACCCUUUUUUAAUCCUCUAUAAACAAACGCACCAUGCAGCUUAAAGCGCUCUUAUACCACUUCAACAAUCAUGGAGGGUCCUGGGAUCUGUCAUUUGCUAAGGAUGCCGGGGGGUUAGUUCCGUGAGGUCAGCACCCUUAACCAACAACAGUUCCCAGGAUCCUUUGGGGUGGAGAGGAGCCAUGACGGUAAAAGUGGCCUAAGAGCGUUUUCAAAAUGGGUGGCGUAGAUGUGACUUUUGCCAUGUCCUGAUGAGUCUUGGCCUGAUACACCUUCCAGGUUGGUACCUGCUACUCGUGAGAUCUAAAACAUAGCUUCAAAGAGACCCGCCUGCUGUAGCACCUGCUGUAGUUUUUUUCUGCAAUGAUGAGCAGCUGCAAACCCUUUGAACUGUCUGCGUCUGUGAUGGCAACUUCUGCCACGGAAGGUACACACACAUAAGGUAUCUGUGCUGAAGUUCCACGUAAGAAAUCAGUCCCAGUGAAAUUAAGGUUAUAGAAAAUCCAGAUCCAGUAAAACUAUAAUCUUAAACUCUC